GCAUGGAGGCAGGUGAUACCUUAAACGAAUGUGAAACCCUUGCGCAACUUUAACUGGGUUAAGAAACGUAUUCUCAGACUCUGAAUGCGGAUUUAUACACAGCAAUCCGAGUCGGACUGUCUAUUUCGAGCAUUUUAUAAAAGGAUCUUCGUGAAAUGAUUUACAGUGUUUUUAACCAGGCUGGGAUUUGUGAAACGGGACCUUUGCUCUGGCUGUAGCUGUACGAGGCUGAUACAGAGGGGAAGAAAAAAAACCCACAAGGAUUGCUAUUUUGUUCAGCAUGGAGGAUAAAACUGCAGCCUGUUUUUUGCAAAGGAGAGACGCGUCUGAUUGUUUAAGCAGGUAGAAGCAAAUUGGUAUAUAAAAAAAAAAAUACAUUUCUCAGCUACCAAAUCUCACUUAUUGGACGAAAUUGAACUUUUGUUGGAACUAAACAAGGUAACUUUCAAAAAGUUGAUCAGAACGAAGUGAUAAAAAAAGCAUCUGACCCAAGGCACUUUUUGUAGCUUGUGAAUAUUUUAUUUGUCAUUAAGUGUUUCCGCACAAUCACGCCCACGUUUGUUAGAAGCACUAAUUAUUUAGAUUGCUCUUGGACAUUGUAAAUAGCCGUCAUUCCUCUAGUCUCCACAGUUCUGUUAAAAAGCAGCGCCUGGUGUCCCGUGUAAAUUUCUCAACUCCAAACAGCCUCCGAAGAUUGUUCACCAGCCAUGUUUCAGUAACUGUUCUUAAAAAAAAUAGCCCGUUCUCUUUGGAAAGAAAAAAAUAAAUAACCUACAAAUAAAAAAAAAAUCCACUGAGGACAACGAAGAGUCGGUAAAGGAAUUACACAUCUCCCGUCGCCAAAACUGGAAUUACUCGGCUGCUCAGUUUGCAAAAGAUUGACCACAGAGGAGAGAAGCCUUUAGGGAUGUUUCUGCUACAAGGAUUAACCUGUGCUGCUUUCAGAAGAAGUGUAAUGGCUUCAAGACAUUGUAUAUUUGCCAUCACUUUCCUGUCUUGCUUUAUGCAAGUUCCUGUAGAGGCAAGUUCUUGGUGGUCUCUGGCCAUGAACCCUGUUCAAAUACCAGAGGUUUAUAUCAUAGGAGCGCAGCCACUAUGCAGCCAGUUGGCAGGACUUUCCCAAGGGCAGAAGAAGCUAUGUCAGCUGUAUCAGGAUCAUAUGCAGUAUAUUGGAGAGGGAGCAAAGACUGGGAUCAAGGAAUGUCAAUAUCAAUUCAGACACAGACGCUGGAACUGCAGUACUGUGGACAACACCUCCGUCUUUGGAAGAGUCAUGCAAAUAGGUAGUCGUGAAACCGCCUUCACGUACUCGAUCAGUGCCGCAGGAGUAGUGAAUGCAGUGAGUCGUGCCUGCAGAGAGGGGGAGCUCUCUACCUGUGGCUGCAGCAGGGCAGCAAGACCCAAGGACCUGCCUCGUGAUUGGCUGUGGGGUGGCUGUGGCGACAACCUGGACUAUGGCUUCAGAUUUGCUAAGGAAUUUGUUGAUGCCCGAGAACGAGAAAAGAUCUACCAGAAAGGGUCAUACGAGAGUGCCAGGACGUCUAUGAACUUGCAUAACAAUGAAGCAGGGAGGAGGACUGUGUAUGAUCUUGCUCACGUGUCCUGUAAGUGUCACGGUGUUUCUGGAUCCUGCAGCCUAAAGACAUGUUGGCUACAGCUGGCAGACUUCCGUAAAGUUGGGGAUGCUCUGAAAGAGAAAUAUGACAGUGCUGCUGCCAUGAAGCUCAAUACCAGAGGCAAACUGGUGCAGGUCAACAACAGAUUCAACCCACCGACCAACUACGACCUUGUUUAUGUGGACCAGAGCCCUGAUUACUGUGUGAGGAAUGAGAGUACAGGCUCUUUGGGGACCCAAGGGAGGCUUUGCAACAAGACUUCAGAGGGCAUGGACGGCUGUGAGCUGAUGUGCUGUGGAAGGGGCUACGAUCAGUUCAAAGCACAAGUGGUUGAGAGAUGCCACUGCAAGUUUCACUGGUGCUGCUACGUGAAGUGCAAGCGAUGCACGAAAAUCGUGGAUCAGUUUGUGUGCAAAUAAUAUACACUCUAACAGAGGAACCAGAACUAUAUAAAUUAUAUUUAUAGAGUUAAACAAUUAUCAUACCAGUGCAAAGAUUGAAAAAACGUUUGUGACGCAGAUUAAAACGAAAACUUGACUGCAGCAAAUGGAGAAUAUCAUGAAAAUAUUUAUUUACGAAGAGACUAAACACGCUUCUCAACCUACAAAUUGAUUUUUUUUUUUUUUUUGUUUAAAUACAGUAGGUGCCUAUACAUGUGAAAUAGGUACUUAAGCUUUUUACAUUUUAAAGGAGAAAAAAAAAGAUGCUUGUAUUGGGAACAUUUGAGCUGAAACCAACACAUUUUUUGAUAUGGUUUGUAUCCAUUAUCAGAAUGCACACAUUCCAGAUUGCAGUAGGCUUUGUCCUCAUAGACAUCUAUUUAGCUAGCUGCAAUGCCAUGCAUAAAGGGCUUAAACAAAUUACUACUCAUUUUCCAUUGAGCAAGAGCAUGAUUUUAAGUGGGAUAAUGUCCCUAUAAGGUAGUCUGCAGGGACCAAUAUGCUUUUUUUCUUGUACUCCUGCAGUUGCAAUAUCCAUGAUUUAAUUGCAGCUUUAACCAGAGGACCAAUUCACAUUGCUGUAUUAGGGGAGGUGGGUUGUCGUUUAUCUAUGACAAUAUCUUUUCCUCCUGUAUACCUUGAAAGAGGGAGGGGUGCAUCUUUGGAAAUGAUUCUGUCGGAAAAGGGUGAGAGCAGGGCUUUGGAGGCAUUGGUGCCACUAUUUGGAAAACAAUAUGGAUUCUACAAAAUGAGAUUGCAGUGGCAGUCCGGUUGCAUUUAGUAUUCACACUGUCAUUUUUCAUGACCAUUGCAAGGCAAAACAGUAAAAUAACAUUGUAUUUUUAGUUACACACACACACACACACACACACACA